CCAUUUCCGUAGUUUGCUUUCUCGCCUGCUCGACCGGUGGGUUUUUCCCCUGCGGAGUAACCCGAGCCCUCUCUGGAUUGAGGAAACGCAUUUUAGACUUCGCAUCGUAGCGCUAAACUUGCUGCCUUUCUGAAGCAAAGUAGUGAAUCGCCUUGCUUCUCUGGUUCCUCCCACCAUCUUGUCGAUUGCCCAAAAGCACGAAUCUCUGCCAUUGCCCCCUCCCUGUCGUCCCUUUUCCUCGUACUAGUUUCUACCGUCCCUAACACUUUGCUACGGGUUCACUGGCCACACACGAAACUGCCAGGCUUUCCUCUGGCUUUGGAGUAAGGGCACGCCCCGCAGGGGAGUGAACUCGUCGCUGCUCUUCCGAACGUAUCCCUUUUCGGUGCGUCCAGCCGCGCGUGACUCCCCCGUUCUUCCUGAUAGAACAGUCAUGUCAUGUCCGGAGACAAUCUUCGGCCCAGGGAAUACGAGGUCAGGGAAGAUGAUGGCCCUGUUAUCGAAAUCGAAGCGGAAAGCGACGGAGAAGAAGGAGAAUUAUUGGCUCUAGAGGAGGAGGAGGAAACCACACUUGAAUCCUCUUCGAUAUCUGAAUCAGAAUCCGACGAAGACUCGACUUCCAUAUCAACCAGGUCAUGCCACAAAGACACUAUCGAAGAUGUAUAUGAAAACGGCCGGAGGUAUUGUAACGACACCUACUUCAUGCCGAAUGAUGAAGCCGAGCAGACCCGGUUAAACAUCGCUCAUCAAGUCUACCUGAUCGUUCUCGAUGGCGAGCUAACGAGGGUCCCUGUACCCCGGGGCCGGGCUCGUAUCCUGGAUAUCGGUACAGGCCCCGGAGACUGGGCCGUCGAGAUGGGUGAACGAUAUCCUGACGCGGAAAUCGUCGCUACUGAUAUCAGCGUCUUUGAUAUCGGUCCCAGUAGUCUGGGCCUACCCAAUGUAUCUUUCCAACUAGACGACACCGAAGCCGAAUGGACGUAUCACGAACCAUUCGAUCUAAUCCAUCUACGAAGUCUAUCAGGAGCUUUCCGUGACUGGGGCUCAGUCUACCGACAGGCUUUCAACCAUCUCAAACCAGGCGGCUACAUCGAAGUGAUCGAUGCCGAUACCGCAGCAGGCGUGAUCAAUUUCCCAGACAUUCGCAACUCCUAUUUCAGUAUCCUCGUCGCCGCCAUGCAAUCGGCCGCCGAGAGGACGGGUUUUCCCCGUAACCAGGACCAUUUACGCCCAAACCUCCUGACGUCGAUUGGCUUCACGGCCGUUCGCAGCACCGAGAUCACGAUCCCAGUGGGUGUAUGGCCGGAAGAUCCCCGACAAAAGACUCUGGGGAAGAUGGCAUUGAUUUCAAUCUUGGAAGGGCUAGAGGCAUGGAGUCUACGACAGUUAACCGAUACCGGCAACUGGACUGCGGAGGAAGUGAGGGCGUUAUGCGAUAAGGUCAAGGGCGAAUUGGUGAAAGCAACGGGGAUGACGGCGCAAGUACGAAUCUUGACUGGGAGAAGGCCUUUCGCCCAUGAUAUCAGAAGGGGUCGGACAGAUGACGAGAUGUUGGAGGAGGCUUUGGCGCGGUUGCGGAUGCGUGAGAGGAAGAGGGGUGAGAGGUGAGAUGGUUGGAGAGAGGUCAGCAUUCUGCAGUUGCCAGCUGCAGCAACAGAGGAAAUACCACGAAGGGUCCAUCUGAGAGAUUCAUACUUGAAAAAAAAAAAGAAGAAGAAAAAAUUACGACGAGAUGUCUUCCCAACAAGACAUCAUCAUCAUCAUCAUCAUCAU